AAUAAUUCAGGAUUCAGUGCUACAAGAGGCAGAGCUAGCAUCCCUGACUCUGCCAGUAGCUUUUAGCCGUUCUCUCUCGUCAGACAUAUGUCCCUUCUUUUACGUCCUCCUGUUGUACAUAUGCUUUCUGCAGUACCUUACCAUGUAACUGGAGACGCACACCACCUGGCUGGUACAUAAAACAAAGAGACUCGGAGAAAGUAGGACCUUCCAGUAAAGACAACAGCAAGGCUCCCAGAGAUGGGAGACCAUAGGGCUAUUUUAGCUGCCAAGGAAGGGGACUUGACUACGUUGGAGCAGCUGCACAUAGAUGGUACCCUGGGCCAGAACAUCACCGACUGCUUGGGAGCAGGCCUGGUGCAUCAUGCAUCACGGGCAGGCAGGCUGGAGUGCCUCAAGUUCCUGGUGCUGCAAGCAAAGCUUCCCAGAAAUCAGAGAGCAAACAAUGGUGCGACACCAGCACAUGAUGCAGCAGCCAUGGGCAACUUAGCUGAGCUGCAGUGGCUGAUCAAAGACAGAGGGUACAGCAUGCAGGAGCAAGAUGCUUCGGGGGCUUCUCCACUUCAUUUAGCUGCUCGCUUUGGACAUCCAGAAGUCAUCGAGUGGCUGGUCCAGGCAGGCUUUGACACUGCAAUGGAGACACGGGAAGGUGCAGUGCCAGCUCAUUAUGCAGCAGCCAAGGGAGAUCUCGCGUGUCUCAAAUUGCUGGUUGCUGCAGACCACAGCUGUGUGAACAAGCAAACUCAGAGUGGAGCCACUGCACUGUAUCUUGCCUGCCAGGAGGGCCACCUCCACAUCAUCCAGUUCCUGGUGAAGGACUGUGAGGCUGAUGUUCACCUGAGAGCACAUGAUGGCAUGACAGUCCUGCAUGCAGCUGCUUGUGUUGGCCACUAUGCUGUUGUCAUCUGGCUGGUUACCUUCACUGACCUCAGCCUCACAGCCCAGGAUGCAGAAGGAGCCAGUGUGCUCCACUUUGCUGCUAGAGAGGGACACACUGCAAUUGUUGACAGACUCCUCCUUAUGGGAGCUGAGAUGGUGCUGGACCAUUGGGGAGGAACUCCACUCCAUGAUGCAGCUGAGAAUGGGCACCUGGAGUGCUGUCAAACCUUGAUCUCCCAUCAAAUAGAUCCAGGCAUCCGUGAUGGGGAUGGUUACACUGCACGGGACCUGGCAGAAUACAAUGGACAUAGGCAGUGUGUGUGCUACCUGCAGGAAGCAGAGAAGCUGCUAAACAUACCAGCAGGAGUUAGACAAGAUUGUCUGCAGGUGCUGAAUGAUGAUGAUGCCAAAAGUAUGCAAAAUGGCCAGACCCAGCGGCCAAUGAGACCUCUUCAAUCAAGUAUAAGCCACAGAUCGAGUAUGCAGAAAGAAGACAUUAACGGCCAUCUUCAGAAAGCACCCACUUCAAAGACCUUCAGCAUGGUGAAACCUACCGAAUCAAACAAAUCACUGAUAAAUGAACUGAAGAUCAAUAAAUCUCUGCAGAAUGGUGAGAAGAAAGAUGCCACAGUACCAGGCAAACUUCUAUCGAUGCUGGAUGAGCUGGGAAUAUCAGAUAUUGAUGUUCUGGUGCCUACUCAUGAUGAGCGAGGCUGUUCAAUUCCAGAGUGGAAGCGUCAAGUGAUGGUGAGGAAAUUACAGGCCCAGCUGGCAUCUGAAGAGAUGGGCAGGAAGAACAAGGGAAGUUGCAUACUGGAGAUGGAUGACUGGCAGUACUCUCAGCCUUACAAUGCCAUUCUGGGCCCUUAUGGGGAAUUACUCACUGAGGAUGACCUGCUGUACUUAGAGAAGCAGAUUGAGAAACUGCAGAUGAAGAAGAAAUGCCAGGAAUAUGAGAGUGAGCUAGAACGCCUGACAGAGGAGUUACAGACAAUUCUCCCUGCUCCUAUUGUCAGUGUCACAGUCAACCAUCAGUUUCUGCAACAGGGCUCUGAGGAUGACAACCAAGAGCUCCCUGCCUGGUGCAGUCAUGUGUCUGGACUGGUAAAAAGCAUGUCUCUGCUGCUCACCAACAUCAGUGGCAUGAAAAAAGGGGAGGAUAAUGAGAAACCAACUCCAAAGGCUUCUCCUAAGUCAAGCAAGACCAGACGUUUUCCAGGAGGCAAUGUCAAGAGGGAGAUCCUGGAGUGUGGUGUCUCUGUCAGGAAUCUGAGAGGCAAUUUUGAAAAACAGGAUCCUUUGGGACCAUACAAACCUUUUGAGCACCAAGGAUUGAAGAACAUGCCCUGGGAACAUGGGGCAGCCAAGGAGUCAUCCCCUCAAGCGUUAUCAGAUAUCUGUAAGAACAAGAGGAAAUUGGACUGUGAGGAACAUGAGUCUGGAGAUGUGGAGAAUGCCAGUGAUUCUGGCAUCAGCUGUGAGGGAGCCUCCUCUGAUGUGAGUGGCUCUUGUGUCUCAAUAGGUGAGUCUAGCACCCUCCAAAAAGAGCGUAUUGUGCUGCUUUUUCUCAGUCACUGGAAGAAAUCUGCCUGCACUCCUUCCUUGAAACUUAUGGCCAGGAAGACUCUUGACACCCAGCUGCCUGAAAAAGUGGGCCUGGGAGAGGUGGUCAAGAAGAAGCAGGCUCCAAUACAGAAGCCCUUGAUGGAAAUGAGUAGGCUUGGCCAUUUAGUUCAGCAGAGAUACACUAUCAAGAAUCUGAUCAGUCACUGGAAAAACAUCAUCUCUCUUGCACCAUCUCAGCAGAUCAGGUACCUCAAUCACCAGCAUACAAUCUAUUCUCCGGAACAAUUUCUGCCAUAUGUCAAUGGUGAGCCUGCUGACUACAGUUGCUUAACUCUUGACCUGUUUAUGCUUGGCUAUUUCCACAUCCUGGAGCUGGACCUCUCUCCAGAAGAACGUAAGGCAAGGCAUCUCCUUUGUUUCGAAGUUUUUGACCACUUGGGUAGGCAUCGGUGGGAAACAGUGCGUGCCUUCCACAAAACAGUGAUUGACGAGAUUGCUGCAGGCAAAAGAAGCUGGAAAGACAGUUUUGAGGAUAUUAAGAUACAUUUUUUUGGUAAUAAUAAGGACUCAGAUAUGAACAUGGAACUCAAAAGAUCAUCAGUGGAAACAAAUCUGAAACCAAUAUCCAAAUCAAGGGUCCCAAAUAUGUCUCUUGAGCAGGGAGACUCUUCGUCUGGAAAAUGCUUUGAAUUAGGCAGCUUUAGCAAUGAAGACAUCUACAGGUAUAUUAACAGGAGUUUUGCUUUCUGGAAAGAAAAGGAAGCAGAGAUCUUUAGAUUUGAGGUGUGAGGACUUUUUGCAUUAAUAGUCUUUAUAGGAGUCUGUAAGGGUAGAAACGCACUCACUGUUCUGCUGGUUCUAGUGCACCUCCACCUCUCUCUUCUGAAAACGGGGGCACACGAUGCUAGUCAAACCCUGCCCCUUUUUCAGUAAAACCUGAUGGGAGCAGCUUGAGUGCAUUGUUUUUUAAAAUUCAACUUCAUAUAGAUUUUGCAAGUAAUCAGCAGUUCAACCCAUUCCCCCUCCAGGUGUGCUAAUGGAAACAUUUUGUUCUGGUGACUAGUGUGUUUACAGCCUAGGAUUCAGAGUGCACAGAGCAGCCUGUCAGCACUCUAACCUAUUAUUUCAAAGACACUGCAUGAAAUAACAGACUCAGGGCU